AGAAGGUGUAUUUGCGCUAUUACAGAGUCUAUGUGGGGAACUGAAUCAUUUCAUUUUGUCGUUUGCGGACACGUUUUACAGUGUUCGUAGUUCGUGGUUAGAAUUAACUGGCUUCCACCGCAAAUGGCACCUAAACGAAAGCUCAAGAAGUAUGAAAUCGUGAUCAAAGAUGGGUGUCGAAAGAUUUUUGAUGGGCGCCAAUUUCGCACGCUCUGCAGCGGGUUAGACGGCGAAGUGUGCGACAACCAUGCUGUGGCCAAGCUUGCUUACUGCACCCGACAUGCUGCUAGUCUUCCAAAUGGAGAAUCCAACAAGAAAAGAAUGAAAUUUCCUGGAAAUCGGAUUUAUCGCCGUUGUUGGAUGCCGGGCUGCCCGAGCGAGCAGAGCCGAUUUAAUAGCAGCUUAGGAUCAGCCAACGGCCGCCACUUCUUCCGCUUCCCUGAUCCAGCUGAUCAGCCACAGCGUUUCGACGCCUGGUGUCGUACGGGUGGGCCUACUGCACAAAGUCCUGUGUCUAAGGAUGUUCUGUGCGAUCUGCAUUUCCGUGAUGAUGACGUCAUUAAAUGCAGCACGCUUUCUAGCACCCGCAAAGAUCUGCAUAAUUGGCGUUUAUCAAAAACGCUGUUCCGGUCGCAUUAUCCACCGGCUCUGAACAAGAGUCCACCGGCUGUGAUGAGGUGAACGAGCAGUGCCAAAAAAAUUUGUUAAUUUUCAGCAGAUUACUAGUAACAUUUAACCGGGCCUGUGGUUUUGCCAGCCGCCCAGGAUGGCAUAUACGGUUGUUACAGUUGGCUGUUGGUGCCAGUCUGCCACUCAUUUUGCACAUGUCUGUGGUUAAAUUUCAAAAAAUAAUGUUUUUCAUUUUUGCAGAAAUAGUUCAAAUAUUUUGCCUUUUGGAGUUAACUUUUUCUUAGCUUUACCGUCACGUGAUACAAAGAUUUUUAUAUUAUAGCUGUUUUGAUGCUAUUUGUAUUUGUUGUGGUUGUGAUCCUUGUGCGAAACGACGGCACACUGCGAGGCUUGCAGUUCUCGUGCAGUACACUGACCAUGGAGAACAGCGACGUACCGGAGAGCUCCUUCUAUGUGCUGCUGACACCUGCAGCGAAUUAUAGACAGGAACCCGAGGCAUCGUGGCAUGUUGCAUCGCGUUCUCCAUCUCCCGGAAUUCACGCUCCCGUUGCCAAUCAUCGAUUUUCCAGCACGCCUGCUGCCAAAUGUCCGCCGCCAGCAUCAUCGACGCUCGGUUUGAGAAUGAACUUCAAGAGAGGCCGCGGAGUACUGAAUAAGGAAAAUCAUCAGACGAACGGUGGAUGCGUCUUUUGCAUUCGUGAUGUGCUGGAAGAACCGUGUCCGUUGCAUUCGCAUUCCGUACCCGAUAGCGAGGUGCUUCCCUUGGCGCUGGCCACGCUGCCUUCUUCGCUGUCCUUCAUUCGCGCAGCGGCUGAUGCUGCACCUGGUGGUGUACGAGCAGAGUGUAGCUUUUCUUCCCGCACGGUCUUCGGGCCGAUGCGCGGCGUCAUGUGUCCGCACGCCAAGCUACAGCCGCCCCUCUUCGGCAUUCCGGACCGUCCGACGCUGCACGGCAUCCUGCGCUUCCACACGGAAUCCCCUCACGGCUGCAACUGGAUGCAGUUCGUCCGACUGGCCACCCACACCGCCGAACACAAUCUCACCGCCUACAACGUCAACGGGGAGGUGUAUUUCGCCACAAAGAGGGAUAUUGCCGCGGGGGAAGAACUGACAGUCUGGUACUCAACCAACUACGCCAAAGCAAUGAGAAUCUCGGGGCGUUUACGGGAGAUCAGUAAUGAUCCUGUCCCACUGCGCGGGAGAAUGGGCGUCCUGGGACGACCUGUGGCGUUCUGUGACGAUCUCGUAUGGGAGUCUGGUUUGCCGGACUCGUUGCCGCCGGACGAAAGUAUUAUGCAGACCGACGCAGUUGAUCUCGUGCCACCGGCCAAAGAGGAUUCAAUCCAUCAGGAAGGGGAAGGAAAUGACAGCGGCAGUGGCAGUAUCUGUAUAGACUAUGAAACAGCCGCCAGUGAUGCGGAAAAUGAGACCGCGAAGGCGAUUUCUCCCACGGGAAAUGUGCACGAAUCGAAGGCGCAGUAUCCCAAACGCGGCAGCCUCGUUCAUCAGAAAACCAUCGUGCGCCUAAAAGCCGUGAUGGCCGUCAAUCCCUACCAAUUCCCAGUCGGGACCCCUCGCAUCCAGGCUUUCGACGCCGUGGUGCGGCAACUCGACGGGCCCGAUCUCUCGGCAACAGAGUUAACCAGCCGAAGUAAAGCCUUGCGCCGUUUAGUCAAAGAUUGCUUGGAUAUCUUCCCGGAGACCCUCCAACGCUUCGACAAAUCCUCCUGCGAUGAACGUACCAUGGAGUACGUGAGUCUCAUGAAAAAACUGAGAAAGAUGGUGAAGAACAGUUGCAAAGAGAAGGAAGUUGUUCCGCGGCAUGUCAACGCCGACACAGUGAAGAAACUGCAGGCGGUGCGGGAAGUUAAUCCCUAUCAGUACCCCCUGCCCAGUGCGGAACGACAGGCCGCCUGGGAGUCAGUGAUGCGGAAUUUACUCGGGGAUCUGGAGACCGAGGAACUGGUGAUUCAGAUGAAGAAGAUGAAGCGCUUGGUGCGGGAGUGUUUGAUCAGCCGGGAUGAUACGUUCCGGCGCUGCGCCCGCCAGCGGGAUGAAGUUACGCAGCAGUAUAAAAGCGUGGUGGAAGAAUUAAUAAUUUUGGCGGGGAUUAACAAAGAUGAUGAAGGAAAGGAAUCCGGAGCGGAGGGUUGCAGCAGUGAAUUAGAAAUUAGAGCAGAGGACGCAGCAAAGCUGCCACCAGCGCUUCCGGUCGAUGGUGAUGGCUCUCGGGAUAGCUACACAAUGGAGACGGGAAGCGAUUUGCCGAUGGCGUUGGAUACCGCUGAUGAAGGCUGUGGAACGGAUAGUGACGCGAGUUCUGUAGAACAGCCGAAAAGAAAGCGCAAACGCCGCACCCGCUUCCGCCACGAUAAUCCCGAAGCGGUGAAGCGCCUGGAAGCCAUCGUCCAAGUGAACCCGUAUCAGUAUCCUCCGGGAAAGAUCGGGACGCCGCCUUCAACGCCGCUGUCCACCUCCUCGGCAGGGAAACCCCGGACACCCCUCAGGCUCUCAAAACCUUCGUCCACCGCUGUUUAGAGACGGCGGCGGAG